AUGUGUCGUACAGCGUUGUUACUGUUCUCUUGGUUGGUGGUUUCAGCGCAGUGUUGGAAUCCCUUUGGAAAAUCAAGGCUGAUAAUCCGCGAUGACGCUCCGUCUCCUUCUGAUUUCCUGAGGAGAGCUUUCCCUUCAGCAAUCGUCAUAGGUGGCUAUGUGUAUAUAGACGGCGGCGAGGUAUCCCAGUUAUACAACGGCAAAAACGGGACCACUGCCAACCACCCGUCGUGGCCAGUGAACUCGACACUCUCCAUCUGUCUCGAACAAUCAUGGACCAACUCUAGCGUCACGAUGACAUCCACUCCCAAGAACGGACCGAAGCUCAAUUGGCAGGCCAUAUGGCGAGACCCAUCCUCGACCGGAUUCUACGUUUGGGGCGGCAUGAUGUCCUACUCCGACACGCCCCCGGCAAAAGAGUUAUGGCAUUUCAAGGUGGACGGUAACGGUGGUGGAACCUGGUCGCAGGUCACCCCCGCGAGCGUCGUCGCUUUCAGCAAGCUCACCCGCACCACAGAAGCCUCUUUCACACAGAGUAAGGAUGUGGGAUACUACUUUGGCGGGGUUGCAAACUCCAGAACGGAUACCUCUACUUAUAACAAUGCUCUCGCCCUUCCUGGACUAAUAUCGUACAACAUGACUUCGGGAGAGAUAAAAAAUACGUCCUCUACAGGGUUCGGUCAAUAUGGGACCUCAGUAAGAGGCUCAUCACAGUUCGUGCCGUUUGGAUCUGGCGGAAUGCUGCUCUUCUUAGGCGGAGGCCAGGCACCAGUCUCGUUACCGAAAGGGAGCUGGGAGGAGAUGGACUUCAACAAGGUCGCCUUGUAUAAUCCCAGCACCGACAAGUGGUAUACUCAGCAGACAACAGGUUCCAGACCGGCGACACGAGGAAAUUUUUGUGCCGUGGGCGCUUCCAGCACCAAUGACACGUACGAGAUCUUUCUCUACGGCGGCGGUAGCACCGAGACAGGCAGCGUCUCUGGCGAUGUCUACGUCCUGAGCUUGCCCGGGUUUGUCUUCUUCAAAGCAGCAGGCUCGUCAGCCAUUCGGGCGGGCCAUACGUGCGUCGUCGUGGGCGAGGGAGGCCGCCAGAUGCUUUCUAUUGGAGGAACAGACGGGUCCCUCGGCUUCCCUAGGUCGUUGACAGACCCAGACCCCUGGAAGCUCGGGCUGGGCAUCUUUGACAUGACGGAGAUGCGCUGGUCUGAUGGGUAUGAUUACCAGGCGCGACCGUACGAGUCGCCCGACGCGGUCAAGCAGUGGUAUGCCCAAGGGGGACUAGACUCCGUCGUUUGGGCGAGCGAAGAGGUCAAGGCCUUGUUUUCUGAGCCAGCGGCGCCCACCAACUCGACCUCGGAUCCUUCACCUACUGAACAGUCCAAUGCGGGCAGCGCAACUUCGACUCCGCAAGGUUCUCAGCCAUUUAAUCCGCCUAUCGGUACCAUCGUAGGUGCCGUUGUGGGCGGUGUUGUAGGCCUCGUUCUUGUAAUCUGCCUCGUAGUGUUCUUCCUGAGGAGGAAACGAUACCAGGCGGCGCCGCAGCAGGAGACAGGCGGAACGCCUCCAGAGUACGAGAAGCCUGGCAGCGCGCAAUAUGGAUACGAUGGACCGGCCGGGAUCAAUGCACUACACGAAGGUUAUACCGACCACUUCAACCCCGUCGAGUUACCCGCAGAGCAUGGUGCUGCGGAGCUUAGCUCCACGCAUGGCAGGUAUGAGCUCGGCCAGACGGUGGCGAGGGCGUCCUAA